AUGCAGGACGUUUUGACGGCUCGUAAGGCCGAGAAGGUUCAAGGAUAUGCGAACCUCAACAAAUCGAAUAGCCUCUUUGCUGCGAUCAAGGCUGUCUAUGGUCCUACAGCAGAAGAAACCGCUCCUCUUCCCAGCGCCGAUGGAGCCACCCUACUCACUGAGAAGACGUAAAUUCUGCAGUGAUGGUCCGAGCACUUCAUAGGCGAUCCCUACUGGGAUCUACUACCACGGCGGCUUCAAACUUGUGAAUCGGGCACCGGACCACUGUGUUGAUUGUCCUGAGCUUUCACAUUCGUACAGCAGUUCAUCGUCAGAGGUAGCAGCAGCAGAACAAGCGACAGUUAUAAGGCAUGCAGGCCAAUCAUCGACUGACGGCGAAAGACUGGAGGUGACUUCGCAGGGCUCUGUACGCCGGCGCCAGGUCGAUAAGUCGAUUGACCGAGUUCUCAUCCGAGGCCCAGGCUUCAAUCAAUUCUCGGCCUGUUUUCUUUCCGGCGUGGGCGACUAUUUUGGUGGCUGCGAGGUCAAACUCGUGGCCCAUUUCGUAGGUGUGAGCGGCCACUUGUGCUAAUGCGUCGCCUCGUCGCACAGCCAGCUUAUGUUCGUGUAUGCGCGAUCCGAGCAUGCGCCCAGUCUGUCCUGUGUAGUUACAAGGACAAUUUUGACACGGAAUGCUAUACACUACUCCAGAUUGCUCAUUAGGUUUUAACCGGUCACCUCCAGUCUUGCGCCGUCGGUCGAUGAUUGGCCCGCAUGCCUUAUGACUGUCGCUUGUUUUACUGCUGCUGCUGCUGCUGCUGCUGCUGCUGCUGCUGCUGCUGCUGCUGCUGCUGCUGCUGCUGCUGCUGCUGCUGCUGCUGCUGCUGCUGCUGCUGCUGCUGCUGCUGCUGCUGCUGCUACCUCUGACGAUGGACUCCUAUACGAGCCUGAAAGCUCAGGACAAUAA